CCACUUCCCUUUCCCCCAUGGCCUCAACCCCCUUCUCCCAAAAACUCAACAAACAUACUCAACCAGAAAACCGAAAACAGAAGCAAGGAAUUUCAGGAAGGAAGCAGAAAGAGAAGCUUCAACGCCAAGAUGGAACCACUAAUUGACUCCAGCAUCGGAGAAGAAUACCACAACUACUGGGAAACCAAAAUGUUCCUCCACAACCAAGAACUCGACAGCUGGGGGAUGGACGAGGCGUUCUCCGGGUACUACGACUCGAGCUCGCCGGACGGCGCAGCUUCGUCGGCGGCGUCGAAGAACAUAGUCUCGGAGAGGAACCGGCGGAAGAAGCUGAACGAGAGGCUGUUUGCGCUCAGGGCGGUGGUCCCCAACAUCAGUAAGAUGGAUAAGGCGUCAAUAAUAAAGGACGCCAUUGAUUACAUCCAAGAGCUGCAGGAGCAGGAAAGAAGGAUCCAAGCGGAGAUAGUUGAGCUGGAAAUGGAAUCCUCCGGCGGCAAGUACUGGAAGAAGAUGAGCCCUUGCUCCGUCGCCGACGGAAUCUACGACUUCGAGGUUGAUGAACUUCCGGUGCUGUUGCGAUCCAAGAAGAAGAUGAAGAAGGUCAACGACCAAUCCUAUGAAGAUUCCUCCGGCGGAUCCAUCCGAUCUUCCUCCUCUUCACCCCCCAUUGAGCUUCUAGAACAGUUGAGGGUGGCAUAUAUGGGGGAGAGGAUAGUGCUGGUGAGCUUGACAUGCAAUAAGAGAAUGGAUACGGUGGCCAGAUUAUGCGAAUUGUUUGAAUCUUUGAAGCUCAAAAUUAUCACCGCAAACAUUACUGUUGUUUCCGGCCAUCUUUUGAAGACUGUCUUCAUCGAGGUUAGUCACAACUCCACUACAUCCCUUUUUUUCCCCUUCAUUUUCUACAGAAUAUUUCGAAACGAUGGAGCCACGUGUAAUCUAGCAGAAGAAGAGGAAAAAGACGAACUGAGACAUAAAAUAGAAGCUGCAAUUGCAUCUCUUAAUGAUCCUGAAAGUCCUAUGAGCAUGUAGUUCAUGCAACCAAGCAUCCAACAUAAGCCAAAGGAGGGGAAAAGAAAGGUGUGAAAAAGGAGUCCAAGAGAAACAAACAUUAACAUGAUGAGUUGAGUGAUGGUCUCUCUUUUGUUGUUGUCUUUCCCUUUUUAUCUCAUUUUGAGAGGAGUUGUGUGUUGUUUUCCAUGCAUGGUGCUCUCAUUGUUGUCAUUCCAUCUCUUUACUUCCCAAUCCUAUGUUAAUCUCUCUCUCUCUCUCUCUCUCCCUGUGUUCUAGUUGUUCAUAUUCAUACAAAAGCAAAUACAGG